AUUCUUUUAACGUCAUAUCGUUUGGAGCGGCUGCGAUUCCGAUAGCUACACUAUUCGUAUCAAUAUAUGAGUAGUGCGCUGGAUGGCUUGAUUACCCGGUUCCUCGUCUGCGUGGAUAACAUGCCCACGAUGGUCGGAAUUUCAUGUCAUCAGUGUGACUAAUCGUAUACACCCAGGUCCGUUGACUCAUUGGAUUUUAUAAGACAACUUAAUUUAUUUAUUUUCAAGAAAUGGCGAUAACUGAAUAUAGGCAGCUGCCGCGGUGGUCGGAUUUACUUUUUCGAAAACGGAUUCAUCGUUUACGUACAGUCUAAAAUACCCUUUUCAUUUGAAAAUACAAAGGCUACAGUUACUAUAUUUGUGGAAAUACCAAUACCCCUGAUAUGUGUUAAAUCAAAUGCUGCAAGUCUGUGUCGAUGACGGGUAAGAUGGAAAUGCCUUUUUAUCAUGAUGACACACCAGAUCUUCCGAACUUUGAACAAAUUCCACAACAUGUCAAGUACCAAAACCACAAAAUAAUGAUGAGCAAGAAAAAUAUGACAGCUCAGAAUUUCCCUGGAGACUCCUCCAGCCUGAAGCUCUUGCAGAGAAAUGGUGACAACAUGAACCCUAAUGACACAAGGAUUAACAGUAAUGCAAACACCUCUCUAAUGCCUCCCACAGACAUAAACCCACUAAAGCUAGCUUCCCCUGACUUGGAGCAUCUGAUCAUUCAGUCCCACCAGGGACUGGUGACGACCAGCCUGACGCCCAGCUCCACAGGCAGCAACUUAUGCAGGAACCAAGUAACUAAUGAACAGGAGGGUUUCGCAGAUGGCUUUGUGAAAGCCUUGGCUGACCUUCAUCAACAGAAUCUGCUCAUCAGGGCACCUGUCUCCCCAUCCUCCUCAAUCCAAGGGCCAUAUCAGAGAAGCAUCAUGCCCAGCGGGGAAAUGCCCACCUACACUAAUCUGAGCAGCUACAACCCUGGUAACGUUGCGGUCCCAUCGUCCUAUUCAGGGAGCCAGCUGUCAUACACUGCCUCUGUUCUUGGCUUGGGGCAAGGAGGGCUGGCCCACAGCCAGCAUCCCCGCAGCCGGGGUCCCGAUGAGCCCCAGAGGGUCCCUGAGGUGGCCCACCCUCUCGGUGACCCCACCAGCCCCCCGCCCUGCCUUUCCCCCCUCGACCAGGACACCCAGGAGGGCACUAAGGCAGAGAGGAAGAGGCUGCGGAAUCGCAUCGCCGCCACCAAGUGCCGCAAGAGGAAGCUGGAGAGGAUCUCGCGUCUGGAGGAGAAGGUGAAGAUCCUGAAGACCCAGAACGUUGACCUGGCCUCCACCGCCGGCAUUCUGCGAGAGCAGGUGGCACAGCUCAAGCGGAAGGUCCUGACUCACGCCACCAACGGGUGCCAGAUAGCAGUGAGCUCAGCCGCAUUGGUGACAAGCGGGGCGGGCACCAGCCGCUGAACUUUGCUGUUGAGGGUGUAUUUCGCUGUUGCCAUCUGAGUGAGAGCUGUAAAGAAGCAACCAAGUAAAUAACAAUGGCACUGAGAUGGCUGAAGUAGACUGGGGGGAGGCCGUGCCCUUUCCUGACCAGAAUGUAUCAGAUUAAUUAUUUGAAUGUGUGAGACUUGAACUUUUCCUAGAUUACCUAGGGUACCAAGGAAAGGCUCUUGCAGUACAAAAAGCUACCUGCACCAUCCAGAUUGCCACCAUUUGUCACCUUCAGCCUCAGCCUGUAUACACACUCACACACACACACAAUAGUUGUGAUUAAUCAGCGAGCACACAGCUGGCUCUCAGAAUGUGUUAUAAGCAUCUUUCAUUGGAAGUACUGAGUGGAGCUGAAGAGAAGUGAAUGACCCUGCAUGGUCCAUGCAGAUGGAUUAGAGAUUUUUUGGAGGAAUAAAGAGGAAUUCCUACACUUUCAAUAUUCAUUCAGACAGAAUGGAGCUUUUUUUAAAAGACCAAAUCUCCACAACUGCUUACAGAUACAAGCCCACCCUGUACUCUGAAGGUGAAACAUAAAUGCUUGAACAAAGAUGCACCUGGGAACAGGGGAAAAGCAAGAGGGAGAAGGGAGAAUUGUUUUCUGCAAGUGUACUUAACUCAACUAUUCAUUGUCAUACACACUCCUUUAAUUCAAGGCAGUAAAAAAGACACAAAUUAUGAGCACUUUAAUGUGAAUACGUAAUAUCCAGUUGCUUACGGGAAAUUACUUUGGUUCACCUGGCAUUUAAGUGCUGUGAUAGUGUGCCAUUUUAGUCAUUUUAGUCGUUUAUACCUUGUCUCUAUUCUGUUAAGAUCAAUUUGUUGACCACGCACAAGAUAAAAGAGCUUUCAGUUAAUAGUGGUUUGUUCUUUCUGAGAUUAAGGCAUCUACUAGUUUAUUUAUGCUAAAUAUUUACUAUGUAUAUGUUCAUAAAAAUAUGUGUGAGUAUACAAGUAUGACACUUUCUUUAUGUUGGGGACCAUCAUAUUGCACUUAAAGGAAACGUUGGAUACUUUAUAUUCAUCGAAUGCAAAUCUUGUCAGGAUGGCUUCUUUUUCUCAACAAAAUAAAAGCCCACUCCUGCUCUUCUCAUCCAGGAAAAUGUUAUGACAGCGUGCAAAUGAUUUUGGACAACACUGAAAUAAUUGCUGUACUCUACUGCUAUUGGUACAUACAGUGAUACCGAUUUGUUUUGAUAAAAUGAGAAAUGUUAUAUUUUUGAGUUAAAUAUUUCAUAAGUAAAUACAUUUGUUUACCCUUUAGUAUAAGUAUAGGUGAUGCUCAAUAUACAUUCAGUGAACACUUUAAUAGGUAGACCUGUACACCAGCUUGUUAAUGCAAAGAUUUAAUCAGCCAAUUAUGUGGUAGUAACUAAAUGCAUAAAAGCUUGCAGUCAUGGUCAAGAGGUUCCGCAGUUUUUCAGACCAAAUGGGGAAGAAAUGUGAUAUAAGUGACUUUGACCAUGGAAUGAUUGUUGGUGCCAGACCGGGUGGAUUGAGUAUCUCAGAAACUACUGAUCUCCUGUGAUUUUCACGCACAACAGUCUCUAGAUGUGAACAGACAAAAAUAUGGCUGUGAUUAAAUAUUCCAGAAUAGAGGUUGUAAUAUUACAUACAAUGUCUACUGCGAGAAAACUGAAUACAACGAAAAUAGUGAUAGAGGAAGAUGUUACUGUAUAUACUUUUAAUUCAGCACAGAACUGUGAGUUAGUACUAAAGGAUUUUACACUCAUGAAUAUUUAAAAUAAAUUGAUGAAUUUACAUAUUUGCUAGAAUAAACUCCUGCUUCCUGUAGCAGCAGUCUGCAUUUCUAGAUCAUUUUCAAAGUGGGUGGUUCAGAAUCUCCUUUGUUUGUGAAUCAGUGGCAUACACUUGAGGUGAACAGAAGCACAAUGUAUUUCUUUUUUCAGAUCUUGGUGAGGGUUGAUCAACAUUUUAAAUCUAUAAUUCUGUGAAUUCAGAACUGCAUGCAGAGGACUUGCGUUUUAGAGGAAUAGUUUCAGAGACACUGCACUCAAGUUGUGAAGGGAAGAUUUGUGAGAAAUGAGUUCAUUUACAAUUCUUCAGGAAAAUAGACCUAAUAAUUUUAAGCACUUUUAUCAACUAUUGUUGAUAUUUUGUAGAGAUCAGACUGACAGUUUUGAUAAGUUAUACAACUCGCAAGUGGAUUUUCUGGACAACUCAAUGGAGCUUCAUUUAAUGUGUAUUUUAACAGUUGGUGAUUUUCACUGUUGGGUGAAUGUUAAAGCUAAAUAAUACCUGUGUCAUUUGUAAAGCUCCCAGCUGCAGUGGAGCUGAUAUAAAGGCGCAAGUGUGUGGAUCUGAUACUGGUACAUGUUACCAAGUUUAUUUAAUGUUUAUAGGAACGAAAGCUAUGUCUACAAUUUCAAGAAACUAAUUGUAACAUUCAAGAUAUGACAAAAAUGCAUCCCAUUUUAGGUGUUGGAUAAGCAUCCUUGAUAUGUUAAUGUUAACUUUUUCAUUUAAAAGGUUUAAAAUGGAGAGUAUGAGAGACAUACAUUUAUUACCACAUCAUUGUUAACAUUUUAAUAGGACUGUUUGAAUACAACCACGUGUCAAAUGAACAGUAAUUUUUUGCCUUGUUUUUGUUAAUGGUUCCUUAUUCAUUGUUUUUAUUUUAAUUUAUUGUGAAUUGUUUAGCGUUUCGAUGCUGUCAAGAAGACCCCAGCAUUUUGACUUUUGUUUUCCUCUGUUUUCUGUAGUUCUGUUUUCUGUUCAUUUAUUAGUUAGUCCUUUGCUAGAUUGUAAUGUGCUCCUGCUGUUUCACGCUCUGCUUUCUCUUCUUUGCUCUGCUCUGCUCUACUCUGCUCUGCUCUCUCUGCCCUUCUCUCUCUGCUCUGCUCUCUCUGCUCUGCCCUACUCUGCUCUCUCUGCCCUUCUCUCUCUGCUCUGCUCUCUCUGCCCUACUCUGCUCUGCUCUUCUCUCUCUGCCCUUCUCUCUCUGCUCUGCUCUCUCUGCUCUGCCCUACUCUGCUCUGCUCUCUCUGCUCUGCCCUACUCUGCUCUGCUCUCUCUGCCCUUCUCUCUCUGCUCUGCCCUACUCUGCUCUGCCCUCUCUGCUCUGCCCUACUCUGCUCUCUCUGCCCUUCUCUCUCUGCUCUGCUCUCUGCUCUGCCCUACUCUGCUCUGCUCUCUGCCCUUCUCUCUCUGCUCUGCCCUACUCUGCUCUGCUCUAAUUGUGUACUGACCAGUUUUGUGAUCCCUGACCACUGAUUCUUGGAUUACCCUAGUCUGAUUCUGACCCGCUGUGUAUGGACUUGGACAUUCAGUUUGUGACUUUCGGUUUUCAUUGUAUUUUUCCGCCUGUUCUGAUUGCCUUCCUGUUAAACUCUCACCUGCCUUAUUGACUAUGAUUUGGAUUAUCCCCCCUGUGUCAGUUUGUCCUGGUCACAAACCUUUGCCUGGACUUUUGAGUACGAACUGCCUUAUCUCUGACAUUCCCAUUUGCCUGUGUUGGACAAUUGCUUGUUUAAUGUGCUGUUCUGCCAAUAAAAACUCUUAGUGGAAAUACAA